AUGGAUCUCAGCUGCUCAACCACGAGCAAGGAGAGUCGAACGCCUUCCCCGGAACGGGAAACGUCCUCUGAAGAGCGACCCCAACAGAAGCUGAGCAUAUUCUCGGUGGAUUCGAUAUUGGCCAAGAAACCCGAAUCACCACCUCCUUCUUCACCGGAAAUACACGUCGAUGAUCUCAGCAGUUCGACUCCCUCACCGCCACCGCCCCCGAAUCCAUUCCUGCCUCAAGUGUACCCCCUUCUCCCAGCUGCGAUGGGUUCGCCGGUGUUGCCGAAUCCGCAAAGUUUAAGCGCCAGUUGGAUGACCUCACCAUUCGCGAGUCAACUCUUAACGGGCAGUGCAAUGCUUCAGCAACUCCGGUUGCAAGCCUUAACUCAGGGACCGGCCGUUCCUGUGCGAUGUCAGCUACGGCGCCACAAGUCGAAUCGUAAACCCAGAACCCCCUUCACCACCCAGCAGCUUCUUUCAUUGGAACGGAAGUUCCGGGGCAAGCAAUAUCUGUCGAUAGCGGAACGAGCCGAGUUCGCCAACGAACUCAAACUCACAGAAACUCAGGUCAAAAUCUGGUUCCAGAAUCGACGAGCCAAAGAGAAACGCUUGAAGGAGGCCGAAGUCGAAAAGCUGCGGAUGUCGAUGCGACAACAAGCACCUCAAGGUUCCCAUUCGCAGAUGCUGCCUCUGAGUCUUCAACUACAACCUUCUACAUCAGAUUUUCCGUGAGACUCAGCCGCGAUCGCCACUCAAUCCAUCGUUCCUCACCGGCCGGGCGACGUAGACAGCGCGCGGAGCGAUUCCGUGGGUGAAUUCCCAGAUCGGAAACGAGUGCCUUACCCUCUUCUGACGCGCAGUCAAAACAGUAGAUUGCCAAAGGGGCAUCCGUUCCUAUUUUCAUUUCCGGAAGGGGCGAAUCUCUUCUCCAAUACAUAUUAGCGAUGGUCCAUGUACACAGACAG